AUGGCGGCGGGCCGCCGUUCGCCGCCCGGUCCCUGCUGCCCGUCGCGGGUGGCGGUGCCCAGCGUGCACCAGAGCCUGCCCGAGAUGGACUUCGAGCGGGGGAUCUGGUCGGCGGCGCGGGACGGGGACGAGCCGCGGGUGCUGCUGCUGCUGGAGCGCCGGGGGGAGCCCAGCCAGCCCGACCUGGCGGGGUACACGGCCCUGCACUACGCCAGCCGCAACGGGCACCUGGGGGUCUGCCGGCUGCUGCUGCAGCGGGGCGCCCGCUGCGACGCCCGCACGCCCGGCGGUGCCACCCCGCUGCACCGCGCCAGCUACUGCGGCCAACUCGCCGUCGCCCGGCUUCUGCUGGCCCACGGCGCCGACCCGGCCGCCGCUGACGAGGACGGCCGCACCAGCCUGCACAAGGCGGCUGAACAAGGCCACCGGGAGCUCUGCGCUCUGCUCCUGCGGCACUGCCCGGCCCUGGCCGGCAUCCACGAUGCCAAGGGCCGGCGGCCGCGCGAUGUGGCUCACCCGGCGGUGCAGGACCUGCUGGAUACCUGAGGCGGACACGGCGAGGCCAGGAGAGCCAGAGCCACCGCGCCGCAGGACACCCCAUGCCACCGGACCCCGGCUCCAAUGGAUAAACAAAGCCCCUGGCACCGAACGCCGUCUCUGCCUCUCUGUCCUGGUGUGGGCCGGUGGUCACCCCUGAGCGGGGACCCGGCAGCAACAGGGGGGUCGCAGCGCCAU